UCAAGGGAUGAAUCCUUCUCCAUUAUGGAACCCAUGGAAGAGAAAGAAAAAGGGAAAACAACCUCUUCAUCAACAAAGGUUGAGAGAAAGGUCAUUGAGAAGAAUAGGAGAGACCAAAUGAAGCACUUGUAUUCCUCGCUCAAUUCUCUCCUCCCCCAUCAACCCUCCAAGAAGCCAUUAACGGUACCAGAUCAGAUAGAUGAAGCUGUGGAUUACAUAAAGAGUAUGCAGAAAAGGUUGAAGGAAUGCGAGGAGAGGAGGGAGGAGUUAACGGGCAGAAAGAGGGUGCGCGGAUGCAGCAAUAUUUAUGGUUCCGAUGCUGCAGGUUCGAGCUCAAAAUCUGCUGAAAUUAAGAUUCAUGAAAUGGGUUCUGAUCUUCAGAUUUUUUUGAUAACUGGGUUGGAGAACAAGUUCAUUUUCUAUGACAUUAUUCGCAUUCUGCACGAACAAGGAGCAGAAGUUGAAAACGCCACUUAUUCUACUUGGGGAGACAAAAUUUUCCACGUCCUUCAUGCAAAGAAUGGUGGCGUUGGAGGCGAAAAGAUAACAGAGAUAUUGAACAAGUUUGUGUACGGAUCAACUAAUACUGAAGAAGAGCCAUCAAACGAUUUAUGGGAAUAUUGGGACUCACUCGAACUCUGAUUUCCAAAUGAGUAGUAUUUCCCGUGUAAAGAGACUUUUUAUUCAUGGUAGGCAUGGCGUUUGAAAAUUGUCUCCCCAGAUUCUCAAUACAUUUUCCUUCUAGUUACUGUCUUCUUCUUCUUCUUCUUCUUCUUUUUUACUAAUUCAUUGAGAAUGUUUCACUCUCUUUCAUCUUUCACCUCUGUAUCUCUUCACUUUUUCUUGUAUUUACAUUCUCAACAUUAUGUUGAUUAACUCCCACCUUCUUAUGGAGUUAGAUCAAUAAUGUUACUUUCUUUUUUCUUUUGGAUUGUAUAAUAAAAUGUAAUUUUUUUA